AUGUAUGCCUCUGGUGGAAAGAAUGAUUGCAAGGAUCAAAUGUUGGACUACCAAAUUUCUAUUUUCCUGAUACCAAAGAAGGUGCUGCAGUUAAUAACAAGUGCCUGUAGAACAUUCUUGUGGACUGGACAAUGUGCAACGUCAAGAAGAGCACUUGUCGCAUGGGAGAGAUUAUGUAUGCCAAAAUCAGCAGGGGGCUUGAACAUAAUCGAAUUUCAAACAUGGAAUAAAGCAGCCAUAUCAAAAUUGCUUUGGGCUAUCACAGCAAAGAAAGAUACCCUCUGGGUUCAAUGGAUCCACAGUUUCUAUAUUAAGGGUAGAAGCAUCAGUACUAUGGAGACACCUAAGCAAGCAUGUUGGCUUGUUAGGAAAAUCUUUGAUGCAAGGAAAUGGUAUGGGAGCAAUGAUUUGUGUGGAGAAUUACAACAACGCACUCAUGCUGGGAAGUUCAUGAUCAAGAAGGCAUAUAAAUACUUACUUCCUCAAUAUCCUAGAGCUAUAUGGAAAAACCUCAACAUGAUCCCAUGUUCUGUACCAAGAGCUGAUGUUGAAGAAACUCAUACUCAUUUGUUCUUCGAAUGUGAUUAUUCCAGACAGAUGUGGAGCUCCUUCUUACGUUGGACAGGAGAAAGCAAGCAAGCAGGGACCUGGGAGGAGGAGAUUGCGAGACUAACGACCAAACAAUGCAACAGCAAAGCUCAUGCAGAGGUACUAGGAUGGCUAUUAGCUGCUACUGUUUAUUAUGUCAGGAGUGAACGCAAUGCUAGAAGAUUUCAAGAACAGUAG